ACAGAUAUUAUAAUAUUAGCUAAAAUGCCACAGGACGAUUAUGAUAAUGUAUAUAAAAUCAUCCUGCUUGGUGACGCCACCGUAGGUAAGAGCCAUCUCCUCAGCCAUUAUAUCAGAGGGACGCUCCCUAAACAGGCCAAAGCGACAAUUGGAGUAGAGUUUGCCACAAGGACAGUGCCACUGGCCAGCGGAGGAACUGUAAAGGCACAAAUAUGGGAUACAGCAGGACAAGAGAGAUAUCGCAGCAUCACUAGCGCGCACUACCGCCGUGCGGUGGGAGCGCUGCUGGUGUACGACAUCACAAACCGUCAGAGCUUCUACAAUUGCCACAAGUGGCUCGACGAACUCAGGAUGGCUGCUGAGCCUGAUAUAGUUGUAGUCCUUGUUGGAAAUAAAAUAGAUCUAGCCAUACAAGAUCCAUCCGUAAGGCAGGUACAUAGGGAACAGGCCACCAUGUUUGCUAAUGAGUGGAACCUACAUCUAUUCGAAGCAUCCGCAGUCUCAGGCUAUAACGUAAAGGAUGUGUUUGAGUUCCUGCUACAGGAAAUACAUAACCUCAAAUCACGCGCGGAUGCAACACAUGGCAAUGAUGAAGCAACUAUAAACACAAUGGAAUCAAGCAGAGUUGAUCCCAUGUACAGCGCAAGAAGAACAUCCAACGAGGGUUUACUGGGAUGUCUCCCUCAGGAUGGAUGUAGAGGAGGAUCGUGCCUUUUCCAAUAGUUGGACCACCGUGUAGAGUCAACUACCAUUCUCU